UUUGGAUUAUUGCAAAUUGCACGUUCCUCACCCUUCCCUUCAGAAAUCUGUCUGUAGUCUGUAAUGGUGUUAUUGCUAGUGUAGAUUUAUUCCAAAUAACUGCGAGGUAUACCGACAAAAGCCGAAAAUGGACCCUCCCAGCAAAAGUGGCGACUUAAAUUCAUCAGGUCCCUCUCGUCCACAGUUUGCCUCACCUUAUUUAAAUUUUGACCCUGCCUUCAUCCCGCCAUCGACACCAGAAUACAUUUUAUUAGAAGGAGCCAAGACUCAACGAGGCAGAUUUGAACUCGCAUUUUCCCAAAUCGGAGGAUCAUGUAUGAUUGGAGCGAUGGUCGGUGGCAGCGGAGGAUUUUAUAGCGGGUUAAAAGAAACAUCUCUAGCUGGACAAAUAGGAAAACUAAGAAGAACACAGAUUCUGAAUCACGUAAUGAAGCAAGGAGCAGCCCGAGCGAACACCCUGGGAUCAAUCGCUGUCAUGUACAGUGGCUUUGGAGUCAUAUUGGCGUGGUUACGAGAGGCUGAGGACGAACUCAACACUGUGGCGGCUGCUACGACAACAGGGAUGCUGUACCGCUCUACAGCUGGACUGCGAGGGUCAGCAAUUGGUGGUCUAGCAGGUUUCGGACUCGCCGCUCUCUAUUGCUUUUGGACAUCAAGAGAUAGACUUCCGGGAUUCACGCAACAGAGAAACAACAGCUACCCGUCUCUACGAGACAGAUGAGUCAAGAUAAAUUCAAGUAGACCUACUGGCACGUCUUCAACCGAAAGUUCUGUGAUUUAGAAAUUAACCAUUGUACAAAGUUUUGCUCAUUGCAAUUUCGAGUACUUAAUUUUCUAGUGAGAUUAAAUUGAGUGUAACUGUA